AUGGCCGACAGCCACGGCUGGUGGAAGUUGCCCUUCCUGCGGAAGCGCCGGUCGGCACCCACGGUGCUGUAUGAGAGCCCCGACAGCCACGCUGCCACCCCCAGCGAGAGCCAGGAGGCGCCAGGCGAGGAGGAGCCACCCGGCUUUGCCGCCCGCCUGGAGAAGAUCGUGGACAAGAACACCAAGGGCAAACAUGUCAAGGUCUCCAACUCAGGACGCUUCAAGGAGAAGAAGAAAGUGCGGCCAACGCUGGCUGAGAACCCCAACCUCUGUGCCACCAAUGAGCGAGAGGAGAAAUGA